CGAGCUCAGCCUGAGGAUCUCCUAUUUUUUUUCUUUCUUCCAUCACUUGAUUGUAUAAAAUCUCACCGUCUUCUUCUCACUCAUUCCCAGAGAGAAUACACAGACGUCAGCCAAAGGUCCCUUCUUUUCUUGUUGUUGAUUUUGCGUGCAAGUUUUUCCCAAGCAUUUCGCCAGUCUCAAAUCCCAAAGUUCUUUUCUUUUUUCAAAUGAUUAAACGAUUUUUUUAGAUUCCCAAGCUGGUAUUGAUUUCUUGGAAAAUUUUUUUCCUCGCUGGGUUCUUGCAAACCAAACGCCUUGACGUUGUGCUGUGCGAGCUAACGGUUUGGAGAGAGAAUUUUUAGAGGUCUAAAAAAGGGUGAGAUUUUUUGAGUUGGAAAAAGUGUCGAAGUUCAAGAAAAUUCGUUCAGAAAGAAGUUGAAGAAAGAGAAAGAGAAGAAUAGAGAAAGGUGGUCGAAUUGUUUGAAAUCAAGAUGGAGCUAUUCGGAGUGAAGCGGAGUGUUUUGAAAUCGAUAAUGUUGAAUUUGCUCAACUUUGCUUUAGCUUUCAUGUUAGUUUCAGCUGAGAGAAGCUUGAAGAAUGGGGACUCAGCCAAGGAAUCUGAAACAAAUUAUUUCCUCAAAGCUAUUAAUUUCUUGUGGCGAUCUGAUCAGUCGGGUUAUCAGCAUGUUUGGCCUGAAAUGGAAUUUGGUUGGCAAAUUGUGCUGGGAAGUAUAAUUGGAUUCUUUGGAGCAGCGUUUGGGAGUGUAGGAGGAGUUGGUGGAGGUGGCAUUUUUGUUCCAAUGCUUAGCCUUAUUAUUGGGUUUGAUGCAAAGUCAGCAACUGCUAUUUCAAAAUGUAUGAUCAUGGGUGCAGCAGCUUCAACUGUUUACUACAACCUUAAGUUAAGGCAUCCUACACUGGAUAUGCCUAUCAUCGAUUAUGAUUUGGCUUUGCUUAUCCAGCCAAUGCUCAUGCUGGGAAUUAGCAUAGGAGUCGCUUUUAAUGUGAUCUUUGCAGAUUGGAUGGUCACAAUUUUACUUAUUAUUCUCUUUAUAGGAACAUCAACAAAGGCAUUCUUCAAGGGUGUUGAAACAUGGAAAAGGGAAACCAUACUGAAAAAGGAGGCUGCAAGGCGUUUGGUGUCAAAUGAUACUGGUAGUGGGGAUGUGGAAUACAAGCCUCUUCCUAGUGGUCCAAACAGUGACCCCCCGAAGGAUAACACAGACAAAGAAGUCACUGUUUGGGAAAAUGUUUGUUGGAAAGAACUUGGGCUUCUUUGUUUUGUUUGGGUUGCAUUCCUUGUAUUGCAGAUCGCCAAGAAUCAUAUAGCUACUUGUUCAGUGGCAUAUUGGGUGUUGAACUUGUUGCAGAUCCCAGUUUCACUCGGGGUAUCUCUGUAUGAGGCAGUUAGUCUAUAUAAAGGAUGGAGAGUAAUUGCAUCCAAGGGAGGUGAAGGCACAAAUUGGCGAGUGCAUCAGCUUGUUACCUACUGUGCUUUUGGAGUACUAGCUGGAAUUGUUGGUGGUCUACUUGGCCUAGGUGGAGGAUUUAUCAUGGGUCCACUUUUCUUGGAGCUGGGUGUCCCUCCUCAGGUCUCAAGUGCUACUGCUACCUUUGCCAUGACUUUCUCCUCAUCCAUGUCUGUUGUAGAAUAUUACCUUCUGAAACGUUUUCCAGUACCUUAUGCUUUGUACUUCACUGCUGUGGCUACUGUUGCUGCCUUCAUCGGACAGCAUGUUGUGAGAAAGCUGAUAAUUAUAUUUGGAAGGGCAUCUCUAAUUAUCUUCAUUCUAGCCUUCACCAUAUUCGUUAGUGCAGUAUCACUAGGUGGGGUUGGCAUAUCAAACAUGAUCGGGAAGAUUGAGCGGAAUGAAUACAUGGGAUUUGAGAACCUCUGCAAGUAUGACGGUUGACAUGUCUUCUUUUUUCCCUUUUUUUUUUUUUUUUCAUUUGAC